AUGGUACCGUGCGGGGUAGGUAGUGGGGGGCUGAGAAGGCAAGCCGUGGCAGAGCGCAUUGCUCUGUCCACGAGCCGCCUGCCUGAGGGAAGCGAUGCACAAGUGUCGCACAGCAAGGUCAUCCGAAUGUGUGAUGCCUGGGAGGCGCAGUGGCGCAUUGUCAAGGUCAAGCGGAACGAAUGGAUGGCAAGUCAGAGAUGGGAUAGCUACGCUGAGACCGUGCACAUCCGGUUGUGGAAAUUUCGAGGAGGGAACGCCCGCAGCGCCAUUCACGAUGAUGUCGCCGGUCAUGGCAUCUGUCCAGACAAGCCUGACUCUCGUUCAUUGAAAAUUUUGAUCGGAUUGAAGUAA